AUGGCCCAACCCACCAAACGGAUUUUGCCCCCGUUGCUAGAGGAGUCGACCUUUGAUAAGGUCCUAGACAAGCUUAGCGAAAUUGUCGGCGAACCCAACAUCUCGCGCAAUCACUUGUAUGGAAAUCUCGAAGGACCACAGGGGCAGAAUUGCUAUGACGAUAUCUGGCCUCCGGGGAACCCAACCGAUCAUACCCCCAGCGGCGCAGUGAGACCGAAAACCGUCAACGAGAUUCAGCAGGUUCUACAGAUUGCAAACGAGUAUAAGCUCCCAUUGUGGACUGUUUCCCGCGGACGGAACCUUGGUUAUGGAGGGAGUGGCGCUAUUGUCCCUGGAAGUGUUAUACUUGACUUGCACCGAAUGAACAAAAUUAUCGAAGUAAACGAGGAAUUCGCCUAUGCUAUUGUCGAGCCUGGAGUUUCGUUCUUCGAUCUCUAUGAAUACAUCCAAGAUAGAGGCUACCGGCUCUGGCCAUCAUGCCCCGCGCUAGGUUGGGGUUCGAUAGUUGGAAAUACGCUCGACAGAGGAUUUGGCUACACGCCGAACGGCGAGCAUGCGGAACAACAAUGUGGCAUGGAAGUUGUUCUUGCCACAGGAGAGGUUCUCAGAACUGGAAUGGGUGCCCUGUCCGGAAGUCCCAUGUGGGCCUUGUAUAAAGGUGGCUAUGGGCCCAGUGUAGAUGGUCUCUUUUACCAGUCUAACCUAGGAGUUGUUACCAAGAUUGGGAUCCAUCUAACACCAGCUCCUGUGUGUUUUAUGGACUGCGUAGUCAGUGUUCCAAACGAGGAAGACAUCGGCGCACUAGUACGAAUCAUGUCCGCUCUUGAGAGGGAAGGCAUCGUUCAAAACCACGCCUCGAUCGCAAACCCAUACCGGCAAGCCCUGUCCUCGGAAGACCCACUUGUGUUAGGAAGAGCGGUGGGCCCAGGGAUAGAAGGUGGCUAUGCUACAAAUGCUGACAUGACAAAGCUUGCAAAAGAACAGGGCUGGGGCUACUGGAAAGCCCAUUUUGCUAUCUAUGGCGCUUCGGGUGCCUUUAUAGACGCUUGUUGGACCAUCGUACAGGAGCGUUUUGCCGCUAUCCCAGGAGCUGCGGCCACCGCGGAGAGACACGAGCACAAGCUUGGCGGUCGUUUGAAUGCCGCAGAGUUACCCAUGGGUGAAAUACCACACACUGGAUACCCACGUCUUACCGCCAAGGAUUUUGUUGAUAUUAGGGGAGCCAAGGGUGGCCAUAUUGCCUUUUCGCCGCUCUUCCCCCCAGAUGGAAAGCAGCUACAGGAGUGGUUUUCUAGGAUACGGCCGUUGGUUGAGAAGGCAGGUUUUGAUCUGUUUUCAGACUUCCAUAUUUAUGGGCGGUAUAUUAUAGGCAUUGUGCUUGUGGUAUACACCCCGGCUGAAGCGGCUAGGGCUAAAAGUCUGUUUGAUGAGCUACUAAAAGACGGCGUGGAGAGGUCCAGCGUUUCGGAAUAUCGCACACAUAUCCACUUCAUGGACCAAGUUCGGAGACAUUAUGAUUGGGGAAAUGGCAUCCUCCAUCGCACACUGGGUUCUAUUAAGAAGACGCUAGAUCCCAAUGGCAUCUUAUCCCAGGGGAAGUCAGGGAUUUGGACGUCAUCGAGACCCCUUACGGAAGCUAUAAGGAAUACGAGGCUUUGA